CCUCGUAGUCUUAACUCGUUGAUGUUUGUUGAUAUGACAGAAGCUCUGAACAAAUUGGUGUACUCCUCAGCCUUGCUGCGUCUGAAUGCAUACCCAGGGAUGCUGUUCCUCACCGGUUUAUGCAUGCAACCGAUCGCUACAAUUGUGCUUGUUUUAUACGUCACUCUCGGCAAGUAUUCUAAGUGAUCCACCGCGACUAUAAUAGGAAGAGAGAAUGCGCCUCUAAAAUCUCCAUAUCCUGAGACAAGGGAAACUUGACAAGCAAACUCCAGAAAAAAACAUUAAGUGACUCCCGGGUAGCGAAAAUGGAAGCUAAGAACCACUCCGAAGUUAACUUGGAUGUUGCCAUUGACGGUUUCUUCUAUGCUCAAGACUUCAAGGCAUGGUUUGGAAAGUCAACAUUUGACAGCGCACUGGCCGAAAUCAUCCAGCGAGAGUAUGAUGGAAUUCCACCAUUCAGUUUGCUUGAUGUUCUGCAAUUAGUCGGAAUCUUUUACGCUGGAGCUGUUACCGAAGCGUUCAAGAAGGAUACGAGCUUACGACCGGACCACAUUGGCUUCUACACCUACAUCCACCAUGCCCGUUGUGUUUCAGAUAGUAAUGCAUGGGAGAAAUUCUUCCGAAAUCUGCUGUCCCGCAUCACUGUCAGCUGCAAGAGACUUCGGGAAAAGAACGCGCCGGAGCUACGCAGUAUGCUACCUACGCGACCAUGUCGGACCUACGAAUCGCCCAAUCGAGCAGAACAUGAUCCAAUCAAUCCAGAACCAUCUAAAAAACCUUCCUUGAGUUCGAAUGAUGGUACAGAAGUGCCCAGUCCGCCAGACACGCCAAAUACAUUACCCUACUCGUAUAGAUUGUCGCAUGCAUCUCCGAGUCCGACGGCUUCUUCAAGCGCCAUCGAUGUGUCAAGGUACACAAUGGUCCUCAAGGAGUACAAUGACAUCGAAAGAGGCAAUUUGAACUAUCGCAACGAGGGUUUGAGCUUGGAUCCCCCGGUGUGGCGUUGCAUCGUCAAUUUCAAUGAACUUUCAGAAGACGGAACGGGCCGCAGCAAGCAAGAAGCGAAGCAUGCUGCAUCAGAACGGAUGUGCUCUCUCCUAGGCCUACCCCCGUACUGAAAUGAAGGUUGAUCAAAUAUCUUGGAGACUCGGUGCUUGUAUCUGCUUGUAUUUACAUCGGCUAUAUUGUCGUUGGUACCGUCUGGAUGAUAGACGAUACAUUCCAGAUAUUAAGCUUUGAUCACAAUCGAGAUUCUGCUCUACAUUAGAUCUACAUAUAUCUAAGCGAGAUACUGCAUAUGGUGUGGUAACGGGGUCCUUUUAUGAACGAUAUCGAGAAUCUCUGUAUCGACAGACUCAGGCUAGUCUAAGAACGUCUU